AUGUCGACAAGCAAGAUAGGGACGCAAAAUGGUGGGCAAGGAGUAUCGCCUUCGUUUGAAUCUAUCCAUAUUAAAAAUACGACGAUCAACGAGGACGCAGGAGUCGAGUUGUCAUCGCACCAGAAAGUACUCGUAGGCAGUGUGUUGGAUCUAUUCGAAGGUAACCCGACGCUCAAGCACCUGUCGCUAUGGUCUCCUAACGGUACCUUUACCGAUCCGAUCACGAUCGCCACGGGAUACAACAAAUUUGCCGCACAGUGGUAUGGGUUGCCUGCCUUGUUCAAUCCGAUACAGAUUCAAAGUCAUAGCGUCACCUCGGCAGGGAACCCGAUUGAAAUGAAUCUAUCGAACAAAUAUGUCGUGAAGGGGAUCAAGACAGGACAAACCAUCAAUUCUGUCGUUCGCAUCCAUGUUGGACAAGAUGGAAAGGUUGAGAAGGUUGAAGACCGAUGGAAUGAUAAAUUACCCGAAGGGGUGGUUAGCGAAGCAUUACGGAAGCUGAAUGCAAACACGGUGCCUACGUUCGUAACGGUACCGAAGGACGAAGCAGAGGAUCAAAAGUUGAAGGCCGAGCGCGAAAAGAAUUCAUGA